CGGCGCACACACGGCCGCCGCCGUUCGCUCAGUACGUUCGUGUUGCAGACUGCGCAUUAUAUUGCAUUCAUUGCUUUCGUGCGCGCUUCAGUACACAGUAUACUUACGUCGUCGUUUAUUCAUUAUUGUAGUGAAGCUGGGGCCUACGAUGCGGUACCCGGUGGCUCAGAGCGCGUUCUAUACAGUAUUGAUCGCAUCCCGUCCUGCAUGACUGUUUCAAUGUUUAUAAACAGCCGGUCGCAUCAAUUUCAACUCCCUCGUUUUUGAUACGUUUGUUCGACUAAGAACGAUCUGGACGGUUGAUCCUGACUGUGACGCCUGUACCGGCUUGCUGAUAGGAUAGAACUCAGUGCACAUUUUCGAUGAAGAUAUCGACGAUAAUUGCCCAAAAUUGACGUUGUGUAGUGACUGAAACUAAUAUGGACAAUACGAAGCAAGAUUAUUUUGUACAUAUUUACGCUCAAACCUAGUUUGAGAGGAUAAAUGUUGUAAAGGGAAGUUGAAACUGAGCUGGCAUGUUGUCGUAUAUGGUGCCUGUGGAGGAGAAGCCGCCGCCGGUGCCCGGUAAGGGGAGGCUGGCGCUGGAGCUGGCUGGCAGUCCCGGCAGUCCAGAGGCCACAGCGAGACGAGCGCGAACGAACAUUUCGAAGGAGUCUUCAUCGAGUUCAUUUGCGAGUGACCUCACCAUAUCCUCCUCCACACCCUCGGGGAUGUUGGACAAACCGAAGCAUAAACUGCUCAGCAAUGGCAGUAAGCACACAUCUUUGAAGAGGGUAUCUUUUGGCAGUUCCAAGGGGUCGAUGGUGGAGACUCUAAUCUACGAAAGUCCUCUACAAGAGGAGCCCGAGAGCAGUCCCCCGCCUAAAGUACAAGAGACUGCGUUCCUCUAUACGCCCGUUGAAGACGAGUCGGAGCGUUCGAAGGUUCGCGUGUCUUUCUACCAGGGAGCGCGACCGCAGUGCCUGUCCCCACCGCCCGCGCAAGAGUCGCACGUUCUGUACGCGACAUUACUCUCCGCCGCAGCGAACGCUGACAUGGCAGAACACGCUAUGUAUAAUAGGCAGAUAAGCACGGAAAGUGGGUGGGACAAUCCAUUUAGGCCGGACGGUGACCUGAGUCGGGAGGCGGAUGAGAUCGUCUCUCUGAUCAAAGGCGGCAAGCCGAUCACUCCAACGCCACCUGUGGGCGCCCCUCUGCUCUCUAACGACGAAGAAAAAGAAGAGAAGACGGUCGCUAAUAAUGUAAACGCUAGUCCGGCCGCCUCGCCACAGACGAAGGUGGCGAGCCCCGUGCAGCAGAGCCCGCCCAAGGCCAUGAACGGCACCAAGAACGGGUCGGCGGUGGGCGAGGUGCGGCCCGGCCAGGUGGAGGUGCAGCGCUCGCCGCCGCAGGAGCCGCUCCAGCCCGAACACGUCACCAUCAAGAAGAAGCCCAAGUGCAAGUGCUGCGUCGUCCAGUAAGCUUCCCAGCCCCGCCGGUAACACUCCGCUUACGAUGCCUACCGUUACCCCUCGGUGUUUACUCGGUGCUAUCAUUACCCCCGAUGUCCCGCAAACCCCCAUGUACCCACGUGUCUAUGUGUUCAUGUACUCUAAAUUGACCGCGUCACCGGCCCGCUCGGCUCGACGGCCGCGGCGGCUUCCCGCUUCACUUCUUCGGUAGUACUUGUGAUAGCGUACAAACUUAUUAUUAUGACUAGUCUGGCUGGUAAUACGAUUUAUAUUUUAGAUUAUGGAUGUCUAUUUAAUUACUAAAUUAUCGGAAAUAAUAUUUUAGGGCGUGUAAUCGUAAUCUAUAUUUAUUUGUGUUAUGUGAAUCUCAACAAAAUUUUCAGAUAUCAAACCAGAGUUAGUGAAAUAAAUGAAAAGUAUUAGAAGAGAAAAAAAACCUAUAUUUAAAAAAAUGUACAAUAUAAUAAAAGAAAUUUUAAAAUCCCAAUCAUUUGGAAUAUAAUGUGAGAUGUUUAAAUAUCGUGAUUUGAAUACACAUUUAUUUAUUUUUAAACUGUUAAUAAGUUAAAUCUGUGUUGAAUAAUAUUUAAAUACAUAAUUUAAAUGUAUAUUUUUAUAUGUUUAUUUAUAAAAAAAAGUAUUAACAGUAAAAAUAGUAUGAUUACAUAGUGAUUGGGCGGUAUCAGUGACUGUACUAUAUUAAUGAAACUGAAUAUUAUGUGUCAUUUUAAUAGCGGUUUUAUCCAUGGCUAUAAAGGUCGUAUAGGAGAUGAUGCGUUGCGACUUGCGAGUGCAAUUACAUAUGAGCGAUGUAAGGAGAACAUUGGUCAAUUUUUAUAGAAAGUACAGAUAAAAGACUGCUUAUGAUUAUGUACAAGGACUUACCGCCUUUAUAGCGUGUGGAAGUUGCUUAUGAAAAUAAAUCUUAGCUAUGAUUGUUACACAUCACAUUACCGUAGAGCCGUUUAAGUGGAAUCACGCUUGCGUCCAGUAGUAUGUACGUUCAGCCUACAUUCGACCUGCGAUUUGCAGACAUCGUCACUGAUCACUUUACUGUAUAUGUAGAUUUUUAACAUUCUAUAUGAUUACUUAUAACUGUUUCUUUUCGUUUGUUUCGUUGUAAAUCGAAGUGGCAAAGUAAUGGUGCUUGAAUCACUUGGUGGUGACAUUGUCUAAAUAACAAGGUGUGUUUGCAUUUCACGGAAACAUUGCAUAUUUUUUGACGUACAUUAUCCACAUACAGUAUACAUAAUAGUUUUUUAGAAAAUAAUUAAUAGCUCCUGUAUGAAAACAAUCUAUUUUUGACCUAUUUCACUGUAUCUUUAUGUGCACGGCGUGCAUACUAGACAAUGAAACCAGGACUUUGCUGCAUGUGACUGCGAGCUACUGUCGUUAUUUUCUAUUAUCAGUUAUUAUUGAAGUACAUAUGAUACGUUUCCACCAUAUGUAAUUCUUUCAAAGCAAUAUGCAAUAGUGCUACAGUAGUGUUUUUUGAUAUCUUAAUAAUGAUGAUGAAAUGCGAAAAUUGAGAUUAGACAUGUCCCUCGAACGGAUUAGUUCCCUUAAGUAGAUAGGUAAAUAGAAUGGUAAAUUAAGAUAUAAUUAUCCAGGUUAUUUGUUAUUGAUGGUUAUUUAAAAAUAAAUUAUUUUGAUUUUUAUCAAUAGGUUUUGUUUUUAGGUAUAAGCGCAAUGAGAGCAGAGCGUAUAAAGUUUCCUUUUUUGUUUUGCUACUGAUUAGAUUGUUUGUAUACAGACCUACAUGAUCGAGUAAGUGACAUGAAUAAUAAGUAUUUCAUUUAAAAGAGUAUUACUUCUUGAGUGUAUUGCUGCUUGAUGUAUCUGUGUAGCAAUUACAUAAAAUAUUACACUUUCAAUGGUACUAAAAUUAAUAUUUACAUAUAAACCUAUUCAAAUAUAGGUCUCCAUUUGUAAUAUCUCUGUGUUAGGUGUAAGGAAAAUAUUUAACAUGGCUACAUACAUAAGAUUCAUAUCACAUUUUAAGAUCAUGACUUCAGGGAUCAAGCAAGCUUACCGCUACUUCAUCCUGAUAAAAUAAUAAAUACUUCGGCUUUAUUUUAAUUGAAAUACUAUUUAAUGUAUAUUCUGUACUGCUUGUCAAAUUGUUUUCAUUUGUAACCAUACUUUGGGUGCAUCUUCUUAGGCACAAAUUUGAUUGUAACACUUAUUGUAGUUUCUCGAUGUUAAAUGGGAGUUUUGAUUUUUUUUUUUAAUAUUCAGUCGUAAAUCAAUAUUUUAAUUCGUAAAAAGUAUUUACGAACAUAAUAAUUAUGUGAUAUUUUUUAUCCUUCUUAUUUUAUAUGUUUGACUCCCAUUGAUUAAUUAUUUUAAUUUAUGCUUAUCAUAAAAAUGUUGAACAAUAUCAAACAAAGGGUCCUCUUAGUUUAAAAAAUUAAAUAACGUUUUCGAAAGAAAACUGUUAUCGAAAACGUGUUUGUAAAAUUUGAAGAUUGUAUUUGGCUUGAGAGAACGGUUUUUAUUAAAACUUAAGGUGAACCCAAUGUUAAUAGGUACCUUAAUAAAGUUUUUUAUUUGCAGGUAAAAUACUGUCAUUAAGGUUCUAUAUUAUAUUGAGAUACGUUCUUCAUUUGCUACAGUAGUUUACUUUGAAUGAGUAAUUAAUUAUUCACUUUAGUAAUAAGAGCAAGUACAUUCUUGUUUCCAAUAUUAAAUAGUUGUAUGUAUGUACGGAAAAUAUAAAAUGACAUUAUAUUUGUAUAAAAUAUUUACUUUCUAUUAUGAUUGUCUAUCAAUGAAUAUGUACAAAUCGAUUAAUUGUAAUUUUUAUUUAUAUUAAAUCUUUAAAGCCGUA